AUGGGGGACGAUAUUGAUGAUUUCAUUCAAACUUCAACUUUACAUCUUCCUCAAGCAGAAACACCGACACAGGUCAAUAACGAUCCUCUGUUUUCUUACAUAAAAAACUUCUUACGCGAUCCUACAGCUACUACGUUUGAUAUACGAUCAUUCAAUAAUACUGGUGGUGUUAAUAGAAAUACUUCUCAUGCUACACUCAGUCCAUCUAUUGAUCUCACAAAUGAAAAUCAAAUAUUAAGUGAAGAACAAGUGCCACAUACUAAACUGAUAACACAAUUUGAUUGUUCACAAUUUGUGAAAAUUCAAAUUAUUACUCAUCCACGUAUAAAAUUUCGUCCACGAACUGAAAAAGAAAGCAAAGAAUCAUCACAUUUUUUACGAUGUGAAGAUAAUAUUGCACCAGCAUAUCCAACUAUUUAUAUUCCUCAAAUAUGGGCUAAGGAAGACAAUUUUAUUCAAGUAACUCUAGUUGGAAUUGAUAAACAACCUCAUCCAUAUACUAUUGAUAAUAAAGAAUGUAAUAUAUCACCAUUAAUUUUAAAACUAAAUGAAUCGCAUUCAUUAUAUUUUCAUGUGACUAAAGAAGAUUACGAUAACGGCGAAAAGAGUUUUUUAAUUGAAUAUAUUAAAAGUAAGCAAGAUGAUGUAAUAACAAAACAAUUAAUACAAACUCGACAACUUUAUCAAUCAAUGCUUCGUUUUACACGUUUUUAUUUAACUGCAGAUGGUUCAUAUCAACCAGAUGAAGCUAGUAUUGAAUAUUCUUCUAUUAUGACUGAACACUAUGGUGACUUUACUAUUGAAGAUAUAUUUCCAUUAUAUGGACCAUUAUGUGGAAAUCAAAAAGUUUGUAUCGAAUUGAAAGGUCCAAUUACAAAAAAUUUCAAAACUAAUCUUACUAUUACUAUAACGUGCAAUGAAAUUAACUGGUCAUAUCAAGUUGAUAAUAUAAGAAAAAGUGGAAGUAAUUUGAUGUUUCUUAUGCCAUCAUUUCCUCAUCCAAAUAUAAAUCGUGCUAAAGUUAGCAUUAUUAUUGAAUACAAACAGGACAUAAUUCAUCAAUCCAAUUAUAUAUAUACAAAAAAAUUAGAUGAAGAAUUAGUUGAAAAUAAUUGGAAUCAAUCAAAUUCAAUGGUUGCUGUUGGAUCUUCAUUAUCAAAUAAUUGUGGUAAAAUACCUGGUGCAUUUCCUAUUUGGUCUUCUACUGAAACGACAUGUGAAAACCAUGGUGCAAAACGCUUUAAAAAAUAA